UCUCAUCCGUUAUUGGUAGGUUGGCUUCAGCGAUGUGAUAGUGGCUGCAUGUGACAACUGCUUCUCCACCUCCCUGAGCAGAAACCAGGUUAGCGCAAAGUUUUCUUGUUUAGUUCUCUUGCUUGUCCAUCAAACUAUGUAUCCAACUCGAAUUUGGCAUAUGGAGAUAUGGAUUUACCGCUGCCGUAUUUCAGUUCAGCGGCAGUGGCAUCGACAGAUAAUGUCAUACGGGCUGUCCCAAAGCUCUUUUGCAGGACUUCCGUUCUUUAUACAAAUCCUUCGAUAAUUUUGACACAGCGCAGCCUUUCUGAACUAUACAAAUCCCCGUGGUGUGACAGAUCCAACAACUUGCAUUGUUCCAUCAUUGACUCGCCACGAAGUGGAUAUUGCAUGGUACACGUGGCAGCUAGUUAGCGACUGACCCCUCCCAGCACCAACCCUUGAUAGCGGCAAAUUGUGCAAUCUUAUUGGACACAGCCCACUGCUACCACCACGCAUGGGUACAGGCUUGCAACUCCUAUCUCCCUUGUCAUCUCCUUGCCCUGCUGCCAGUGCAAUUAGUGUGAGCUCCUAGCCCGCUCGUGGACCUUGACCAGUUCCCCUUCUCCCUUGCUCCCGUCUCAUGUUGUCCAUCGUGUGACAUUGCGCCAAUAUGAGGAUAGGAUGCCUCCAGUUUGCUCCUCAAGUGGGCGACAUAGACAACAACCUCAAUCGAGCUGACUCUUGUCUGAACAAAGCGAAUACAGACAAUCUUGAUAUUCUUGUCCUGCCUGAGCUGGCUUUUACAGGAUACAACUUCAAGUCAUUGCAACAUAUCUCGCACUUUCUCGAACCAUCAGGCUCCGGCAUCACAUCGUUGUGGGCUCGAACCACUGCCCUCAAAUACAACUGCAAUGUCGUAGUUGGCUACCCGGAAAAGGUAGAUGUCUCCAGCAAGUGGCCCACUGGCCCGGAGUUCUACAACUCUGCCAUCAUCGUCAAUGGAGAUGGUGAGACGAUCGCCAACUAUAGGAAGAAUUUUCUCUACCACACCGACGAGCCAUGGGCUCUUGAGGGGGGAAAAGGAUUCUACGAGGGCUGCAUUCCCGGACUAGGGAACACGUCUAUCGGCAUCUGCAUGGACUUGAACCCUUACAAGUUCCAAACCCCGUGGCAUGCUUUCGAAUUCGCUUUUCAUGUACUCGAAUACGAUUCUAACUUGGUCAUCCUGUCGAUGGCAUGGAUGACCCGGGAAGACGGUCGCAUGUUCAGUCGGAUGCCGAAUGAGCCAGACAUGGACACCUUGACCUACUGGGUCACUCGUUUGGAGCCUCUGAUUCGGGCGGAGAAGAAAGAGGAGAUCAUCAUCGUCUUCUGCAACCGCACCGGUAUAGAAGAUGACGCUGUCUAUGCUGGAACGAGUGCAGUCAUCGGGAUUCAAGAUGGCGAGGUCAAGGUAUACGGCCUUCUUGGACGAGGCGAGAGGGAGCUUUUGGUCUUCGACACCGAGAAUCCUCCUUAUGGAAAACUCGUGUAUCGUCCGGAGUCUGAGAAGUCGCCUAUCACGAGCUCUGAGCUGCUGCAGCUCGGCGGCUUCCCGUCACCAGUUGUUUCGUCAGGGCCUGUUGCUUCAUCCCGCAACAAUGACUCAAGACAAGGCGUUUCUUUGACUAUUCGACCCAGCCUCAGCCUGCUUCUCUUCCCAAAAGAUCAUCUUCUGUCUUGGGGUCUUCCCAAAAAUCGUCGAAGAGGUUGCCAGCGUUAGGCCAGACAAAGCUGUU